CACAUCAUACCGUCGAACAAAAAAUGGGUGAUUUGAGUUGAUUAACCUUUGACAUUUAUAACUUCUUUAACCCGCUUGUAAUUGCCCACAUUGGUCAGUUCAACCCAUAUUUCUCAUGAAAUAUCUCAGUUAGUGUUUUUUCGGCGACUAAGUGUGCAGUUUAAUGGCUAGUUAAUUAAGUGGAGAUCGAAAACUAUUAAUUAUUUAUUCUUUGAUUGAAGAUUUUGAAGGACUGAAGGACGGAAAAUUUAAUGUGGGAUGUUCAACAGUGAUCAAGAUUGGAUUGAAAGAUAGGCGACAGCACUCAGACUUAGGAUAUUACGAAACUAAUGAGAAAACUAAAGGAGAAGCUUUCUUUAGAGCAAGAAUGGAUGGACCUCGAAGAUGAAAACAAAUUUCUCCAAGGAAUCUCCAGUGUGGCUUUUAGGUGCUAGUUACCAUAAAAAAGCUGAGCCUCCCGAGACUGCCUCUGAAGCUGUUGGAUUUGAUACAGACUCGAGUGGUGAUAUUUCUGUCGCUGAAGAUGCUGCGAAUUUCGACGAGGGUAUGGAGGGCUUUAAGAGAGACUUUAUUUCGAGAUUAUGGUUAACCUAUAGAAGAGAAUUCCCUAUUCUGAAUGGCUCGACGUUUACAUCUGAUUGUGGAUGGGGCUGCAUGCUCAGGAGUGGACAGAUGAUGCUGGCACAAGCACUUGUCUGUCAUUUUCUUGGGAGAGGUACUUCGAGUGCAACAUGAAAUAUUAUUACUAAGCCACUGGCACUUUUAAUGAAUAUUUAAACUUAU